AUGAUCGCCACGUGGCUUCUAGUAGCGGCGAUUGCAAAAAUUUUAUUUCAUGUGUUCAAGCCGAUCGCUAACAUUUUGCCGGACUCGUCACUGUUGAUCGCCGUCGGCUUAGUGAUCGGGUUAAUACUGAAGGAAUCCGGAACUCAUAUUUCCUAUUCAUUGGAUUCUCAUGUGUUUUUCCUUUAUCUUCUACCACCGAUAAUUUUUGACGCGGGUUAUUUUAUGCCAAAUCGAGCCCUUUUUGAGAAUGUCGACUCCGUGGUUUUAUUUGCUGUUGUCGGUACUAUAUGGAAUUGUUUAGCUAUAGGAUCUUCUCUACUGUUACUAUCAAGUUACGGGGCUUUUUCAAUGAGCUUCUCAACGACAGAGAUUUUCGUUUUCUCUGCGCUAAUCUCAGCUGUGGAUCCGGUUGCUGUUAUUGCCGUUUUCGAGGAGAUCAAUGUCAACGAAUUCAUCUUCGUGAAUGUGUUCGGCGAAGCACUCUUCAAUGAUGGUGUAACUGUGGUACUGUAUCAGAUGUUCAAGAGUUUCACGCUGAUCGGCGUCGAAAAUUUGAAGCCGAUCGACUACGGUGCUGGUGUUUUGUCGUUUUUCGUUGUUGCUUGUGGUGGAGCUGUCGUUGGACUAAUUGCAGCGUUUAUCGUCAGUCUCAUCACAAAGUACACCCAUAAGGUACGCAUUCUUGCUCCCGUAUUUAUUUUCGUGAUACCGUAUAUGGCAUAUCUAACAGCUGAAAUUACGUCAUUGUCAUCAAUUAUUGCAAUCGCUGUAUGCGGGAUGGUGAUGAAGCAAUACGUCAAAGGUAACAUCACCGCAGCAGCUGCGAAUUCUGUGAAAUAUUUCAUAAAGAUGCUGUCACAGUCAUCGGAAACAGUAAUCUUCAUGUUCUUGGGAUUGUCAACAAUGUCAUCAAACCACUACUGGGAUACGGCGUUUGUUUGUGCCACAAUUGGUUUUUGCCUUAUCUAUAGAACAAUUGGUAUUUUGGUGCAAUGCUUCUUCCUAAACAAAUUUCGUCAAAAGAAAUUUACAAAGGUCGAUCAGUUGAUUCUCUCAUAUGGUGGUCUUCGCGGAGCGAUCGCUUUCGGUCUGGCCAUUUCCAUUCCAGAAACGAUCCUGGCCAGAAAAAUGUUCAUCACCACAACGAUUGUGGUGAUUUUCUUCACAGUUUUUCUUCAGGGAACCACAAUCCGUCCGCUAGUGAACUAUUUGAACGUAGAAACGAAGGAUGACCGACCAGCAACCAUGACUGAAAGUAUCUAUAAUAAGUAUCUUGAUUAUAUGAUGUCCGGAUUGGAGGAUAUUGCUGGACAACAAGGUCAUUAUUCACUCAUCAUUGUUUUUGUUUAUAACGUAACUGAGAAUUUCGAUCGCUUCAAUGCAAAAGUUCUUCGACCGAUUCUGAUGAGAAACGAGCAGAAAAGGGAUUUCGACGCCUCCACAAUUGUUCGUGCCUAUCAGAAGAUUACACUAGAAGAAGCGAUGAAUCUCACAAAGUUGCAGAAAGCCGAGCACAAGAGAAUCUCUAAAAACUUUCCAAAGGACAACGACACGACAGUGACACCACGGACUAAACAACUCGAUAAGUUUCUGGCCACUGGUGAAAAUGUGGACAGCAUUUACGAAUUGUUCAGCGAGUUAUUGGACCGAAAACUAAGAGAAUUUAACACGACAAGAGAAAAAGCGACGGUCCAAGACGAAGACGAAGACAUUCAUGACGACUACAUGCAAGAAAUGGUUCUCUUACGUUCCUCCUUUCACAGGCGUAGUGAAACCGAUCAACACGAGUGCAGUGCCGGCUCGACCCCACUAUGA